CGCUUUCGUCGCUCUUUCUCGUCUCUCUUCGGGUCAACUUGCGUCAGGCAGCCGCUGUGCGGACAACUUGUCGUCGAAAGAGGCUCAAUUUGCGAGCUUACCUUCCAAACCCCUCCCUCCCUUCACCCCCCUCCCCCAUUGAGGAUCAUAAGUCAUGAAUGUCGGAGGAAGUUGGGGUUUCAUCAUGGUGGGCAUGAUGCUGAACCUGAUCUUGUACGGGUUCAUGUUCAUGCAAUGCUACAUCUACCUGUCUGCGUUCAAAAAAGAUGCACUCUGGAUCAAAUUAUUUGUGCUCUUCCUGUUCGUCGCGGACACGCUGAACACCGGUUUCACUGCCGGGAUUAUUUACGAGUACUUCAUCACCCACUACGGUGACUUUACCUACCUCUCCAAGGCGACGUGGCUAUUCUGCACAGAUCCUGCAAUGACGGGCAUCAUCUCGUGCUCCGUGCAAGUUUUCUUCGCCUACCGCGUAAAGCGUCUCACAGGGUCAAGAUGGGCCACUGCAUUCAUCGGCUUCUUUGCCGGUGCAUCCUGCUGUGGCGCACUCGGCACUGCAAUCGCAGUCAACUGGUGGCGGGAGUUCGUCAAUUUCCAAAAGUUCCAGGUGGUCGUCAUCAUCUGGCUCGUCUGCGCGGCCGUCGCCGACGUCCUCAUCACCGCCACGCUCGUGUGGUACUUGAGGGGGAAGCGCACGGGCUUCGUUGCCACUGACGACAUCAUCGACCGCAUCACCCGACUGACUGUCCAGACCGGCGCGCUCACCGCGCUCUUCGCGGUCGUCGACGUCAUCCUCUUCAUCGCCAGUGCAAGUGUUCAUCCUUUCUUCCUCCCACUGCACUUGCUCUUCAAUUUCCCGCUCGCGAAGCUGUACACGAACAGCCUGAUGUCAAACCUCAACUCACGUGCCGCAUGGGAGAGCAGCAAUUCGAAAUUCGGCUCGUCCGAAAGCGACCAUGGCCGACCGUCCGCAAACCGUCGCAAGCCUGGGCCGAACGUCGUCCUCAUCACCAAGGACGUGACCUCCAUGACCGACGGCCCACAAUCGUUCACGCCCUUCUCAGGCUAUAACGCACAGCAGGACCAGGAGCACGAGCACGAGCUGGACGUGAUGAAGACGCCGGGCAACAACAAAGGAAUAACGCCGCCCAACGGGAACGACACCUUUGUCUGAGCGCACUGCUAGCGUCGCCUCUCUUGUUAUCCUUGCUGACAAGGCGGGAAAUGGGCAGGGGUGGGGUGCGAUUGGCAUUCCUGGGCGCAGAAAUGUCUACACCCUCCCUGUGCAGUGGCAGUAGCGGUGCUUCCUCAGCGCAUGCGUGUAUGCGUGUUGGUCUUCGUGUGCGUUGCGUUGUCGUGCCGUGUAAUAGGGCAGCUGAUAGGAUGUGUUCUCCUGCGCCCAUUAUGAUCUAACUUAUCUCGGGUACGCCAGCAGCGUACUCGUCUGCUUAUUGUAAAACCUCCUUCUCUUCCUAUCAGCUACUGUCGAGAUGUGAAUACAUGCAUUAUACCAAAAUCUC